AUGCUAAAAGACGCCAACGGUGAAAAGAUGCCAAGAUCGAUUCGUCGAUGGGAAAAAAGCAACUACAGCAUUUCAUUUCGGUACAUGUCCCUUGUUGAUAUAAACAAUUUCUUUUCUUUUCCUCUCCCAAGAGCCGGACGAGUCGCAUAUCUCAUAUUUCCGGAUUCGGAUCCGAGUGCAUAUCUCUACAGUGCCGCAAACGGGCCGCAGCAUGACCCCCUCCCCAUAUUGCUUGUGGCCUCCUCGCAACUUUGGCCUCUUCGGGUAAUCUUCAAUCUUAUCCUGGGACACGACCUCCGUGGAAAUUCCAACGACUCGUUUGGUGUAAAGCGUGGUAUUCCCGCAAGAAUCCAUGAAGCCAACGAUGGCAAUUUUACUCCAACGGCUAAGCGCGGUCAGCAAGAAGUAUGCUCUGUUCUGAAAAUGAUCCAGAUGACCCGACUGUGCCUCUUGUCUGCAGGGACAAGCGCCGAGAUUUGGGACCAACCAAAAUUAUCUACACUCCUCACUGCAGAUAAUAUGGAGAAGCAGCUCGGGUCUGGUGCCAAGGCUCCAGGGGUGGGAAAUGGCCCUUCAUGGGUGCCACGAAGUCCACGAUAA